UACGUCCAUGAUAACAACCACAGUUCCUGCCGUGACAACGACACCUGCCACUGCUGCAGCAGCCACCACAGCCAAAGUUGCUGCAACAACAACCACAGCUGCUCCAACUACUACCACAUCUACUGCUGCAACGACAGCUGCCCCCACAACCACAACAGCUGGCAUGACGACUACCACAUUUCCUGUCACGACAACCACAGAUGCUCCAACUACAACCACAAAUGGAGUCACAACAUCCACAGUUUCUCCCACAACAACCACAGCUGCUGCCACAGCAACCACAGAUGUUCCAACUACAACAACAAAUGGAGUCACAACAACCACAGUUUCUCCCACAACAACCACAGGUGCUGCCACCACAACCACAGGUUCCGCCGCCACAACCACAGGUUCCUCCACCACAACCACAGGUACCGCCACGGUCACUUCAACCACAACAGCUGCCACUUCAACCACAACAGCUGCUCCCACAACUACAGCUGCCACCACAACAGUCACAGAUUCUCUAACUACAAACACAGCUACUGCCACAUCAACAACUUAUCCAACUACAACCACAGUAGCUGCCUCUGCAACCACACCUUCUGCCACAACAACUAUACCUGCUGCCACUACUACCACAGCUGCUCAAACUGCAACCAACGCAGCAGCCAACACAACCACAGCAGCUGCCACAACAACCAUAGUUGCUGCCACAACAACCACAGCAUCUCCAACUACAAUCACAGCUGACAAAACAACAACCACAGCUUCUGCCACAAAAACUACAGAUGCUCCAACUACAACCACAGUAUUCGUUACAACAACCACAGCUGCUCCUAUAACAUCCACAGCUUCUGCCACAAACACCAUUGUACCAACGACAACCAAAAUUGUUCCCACAACCACCACAGCCACCGCUACAACAACUAAGUCAACAGCGGCACCAACAGCGAAUGAGGGGUCAGUGGGAUUAGGAUUCAGAAUGUUCCGUGCAUUCCAAAGUGACUAUACUGAUUCUUCCACAACAGCAUAUCAGGAACUGGCAGAAAAUGUUACCACAGAGGUGAAUCAUGGUUACAAAAGAAUUUACCCUUCAACAUACGUAAGGUGUAGGAUUAUUCAGUUCACGAGAGGGUCAAUUAUUGUCAACAUGACCCUUAUUUUCAAGAACCAGACAGUGGUUCCCAAUGUAACGAGUGUGGAGCAGGGAUUGAAUGACUCUCUGUCUCACGGGAACACCUUCCUCGACGUUGACACAACCUCCAUUUCUGCAAGAACUACAACUUCUGCAGCCACCACUGUUGCCGCAACUACCACAGCCACCACAACAACCACAGCCACCCCCACAACAACAACAACAGCUGGUCCUACACCAAACACAGCUGCUUCAACAACAUCUGUUAUUGUAUCAACAAUAAACAAUGCUGCCGCCUCCAGUGGAAUAAGCUACAAGACAAGUCUACUCAUCUGUCUUGUUAUGUUGUCACAACUGCUUGACUAAUACUGAUAUAACUGAUCACCACUGUGACAGGGAAACUUACCAACAAUGUAAUCAUAUUAAUUAUUAGAACUGUAUACUAUUUAUUAUUAUUUAUUACCCCAAAAUGUACAGGGAAAGGUGAAUUGCUAUGGAGAACAUGAGAAUAUUGAACAGCUUGAGGAUAAUGUAAAAAAAAGAUAGCUGUUCUACCAAUUAUCAACAGGAUUCUAAGAAUCUUGAUAGUUAUUCCUUCUACUUACUGCACUAAUACUUAUUGUAACUGAAUGGUGUAUUUAUACUGUUUUGUAAUUCACUAUUACUCAUACUUUGAAUGAAGAAAAUGCUGGGUUCGUUUUCUGUACCGGAUUAAUGAAGAAAUUAAAUGAAAUGCAAUUUCAAUAAUUA